ACUUGCCGCUCAGCAUCGAGUCCGCUCGAUCCACAUGGUGCAAGCACCUCUGCACUGCUUAGAUGCAGGCAGUCUACGAAGUACGAGCUACAAAACGCGGAAAGCUACGGUACUGCUGCACACGUGGCUCACGACCCUUUCAAAAUGACAGUGAUGGCCGGCCUGAGUGGCAAUAAAGCUCAUCAGACCAGCUGCUGUCUUUGCUUUGAUCAGCGUACACAUUAUUACACUUGCUCACCAACUCCUCUGAAUCCCACCUAGCGAUCGCCACUGCAAGGAAUACCUUUAGAAACGCGGGGCGAGCCAGCAUACAACCCACUACUGCACUGCAGCGUCAAGGGACCGAGAUUCGACAGUCUUCGUGUCUUCUGCACCGUUCAAUGCCAUGCCAACCGACGUCAACCUAUGGCAAGGAUCAUCCACACCGCUCAGUUUGGAGCAAAUCCAGGCGUAACGCCGGCUGUCUUUCUUCGGUCUUCAGAGCUUCCGUCGUCUCCUGUCUGCACACGUGGAUAAUGAGACACGGCCCUCCUUCCCCCUUCAAUAAUAUCGUUGACGUUGGUGGCUGAGCCCUAAUGCUGUACCACCAAUUCGGUCGAAAUGUCUCCUGAUUAUGCCGAGUUGGCCAACAGAAUCCGGAUUUUGCGGAUUGCUGAAUUCUCCAAAGCCAGUCAAUUAUUGCAGCGGGCUGCAUUUCGCCGUCUUCUGUCAACCAGCGACCUGUACGCGAGUAAUCAAUGCAAAGAACGGCUGCCCUCGGUCGAAGCACCUCCUCUGCGCCAAGAGUGCGAUGAUGGUAUUCUCCUGUCUCAGACUGGUGUCAGACUCGUACCCAUUUCCCAUCUUCUUGCACACCAUCUCUUCAGGUGUGAGGACUGUCAGGGCCCAUUGCCAUCAUGGUCAAGAAGAAAUGGUCCUUGAGCUGGACCUACUAACACUAGGGCCCGAGUCGGCUAACGACGGUUCAUUCUGAAUACUGCUCGAGGUCUGAGUGCCCAAGGUAUCGACACGAUCAUCUCCCUGUCCGUCACUCCGUACAGCUAGAGGAUCUGUGGCUUUCGCUGGGUGACGAUCAUCACUAGGGCAGCCCUGUCAUUUUUGAUCUGCGGACCAAUCACACCUCGCAAGGCUGUGCGAUAAUCCCUUAGGCUCCUGGCUGAUAUUCCAAGUUAGCUCGGCUUAAAGUGGACAAACACCACGGUAUGUGUCGACCUCCAUAGCUGCCGAA